UUUCAAGUGGGCUUGGAGUUUUAUUCUGCGUUGUCCGAAAUCGUUUAAAGCCCAUUCGCUUUCAUCUGUCUCCAGUGACUUCAGAUUGCUUUUGUUAUUUCCUUUUUUUUUGGCCUAUUCCAUUAUUUCCCCAGUCGCAGUGCAGUUGAAUUUUGAGUGUUUCAUUCUGCACCUCCAAGUGUUUCAUCCUGCACCUCCAAAUUUUUUUAAAAUACCUACAUCACCCAUCAUUAAUACCCAUAAUUAAGAGGAUUUAAUAUUUUAAAAGAAAAAAUUAAAAGUGGUCAAAGAUUCUGACAGAGAUAUUAUUACCACGCUUUUUCUCUCUCUCUCUCUCAUCUCAUCCUCAAUCUUGGCAUUUCAUUUCUCCAGACUGCCACACAGCACCAGGACCCUCUCCUCUACGUUUCCUCUUUCAUGUAGCACCCAGCACACUGCUUUUCCUUCAAAUCGGAAGCUUUCCAGUAGCACCCAGCAGUUUCCUCUUCCAUUGUCGCACACACACAGGUUGUCCAUUUUCGCAGACAUAGGUCGUCCAUUCUCGCACAGAGGUUGUCUGUUGGUCGUCCCGUUGGUCGUCACGCGAAGGCCAGAGAGAUAGAGGAGCUCAUCCAACGCCGGCCAGUGCAGAGAAAUAUCCACCUACGGUCCCUUUCAACACCCAACGGAGGUUGAUUUGUAUUGUUUUUUAUGCUGAAAUUUAGAAUAGACAUGGCUCGUACUUGAGGAGGUUCCUCUUCACAUCGCGGAGAGAGUUCGUCACAGGGUGAGAGGCGGAGACCUACAACUUCUGCUCGUAAAAGACGUGGAGCAGUUGAGUCUGAUAUUCAUGUUGAGGACCAUGGAGAUGUGAGGUUUCACGAGGAUGCAGUUGAGGAUCAUGAGGAUGUUGCUGAAGGUGGAUUUCCUGGAGGUCCAUUAAACGCUUCAGUAUUGACACAUUGCAUUCACCAUGUUGCUUAUGCGAUAUGGCAAGGUCGGGAACGGGACGAGAUCAAGUUGAUCUCCCAUGGGAAGAAGUUCAACAGAUUAGAAUCCUGCCACGAGGGCAUUAGAGACAUCGUUAAUGGUUCUGGUCUGAUGUCUUUGGUGGGCAUGUCAUAUGACUAUGUCGAUAGGAGUAUACGGCUGGCAUUUGUAGAGAGAUUUCAUUUCGAGACUAGCAGUUUCCAUCUCCCCGUGGGUGAGAUGACUUUGACUUUAGAUGAUGUGUCAUCGUUGCUGCACCUCCCAGUUUUAGGGCAGUUCUGUCAUCUAGAGGAAGUAGAUUUUGAAGACAGUAGACGCGCCAUUGUGGAGCUUUUAGGCGUGGAUGGCGGGAGAGCUGGUGCUGGGUUAACUGCAGCUCACAGUGUGAAAGUCAGAUUGAGCUGGCUUCGAGACAUCUACGCUGAGCACUGUGAAUAGCAGUAGUGGGAGUACGCUACCCGGGCAUACUUGUUGCAUCUAGUUGGAUGCAGUAUAUUUGCUUAUAAGACUGUCACAUCCAUUCGCGUGUCUUAUCUUUUGCUCUUUAGAGACGUACACACAUGUGGCCUAUAUGCUUGGGGCGUUGCUGCACUAGCAUACAUGUAUGACCAGUUAGGAGAUGCCAGCUUGGCUUCGACCAGACAGAUGGUAGGUUAUUUGACUCGGUUACAGAGUUGGAUAUAUGAGCACUUCCCUACAUUGGGAAGAAGGCGUAUGAUGUCUUCGUACAUGGAAGACAGACCUCGUGCUGCAAAGUGGGAGUCACCGAGGCAGGGUUCCACCCUCUUAGAGGUCAUGGUACACUUGGAUGCACUUACAAUUUACGGCGUUUGUAUGUUCUCGGGAUGGAUCAGGAUUGGUGAAACAUUGUUUCGACAUUUGCCUGAGCGUGUUUUGAGGCAGUUUGGAUUUCAGCAGUCCAUCCCUCGAGACCCACCCGUUGUUGCAGAUGCGGACAUACUGGCGACCGAUGAUGUGUGGUUGCACUAUCGUGAUCACGUUGUUAGGGGUGUGUCCGUCAGUAGAUUCUCAUAUGAUUGUGUUGAUGGUUACCUUCGUUGGUUUAGGAUCAUAUCUCAUCCUUACAUUAUUCGUGCUACUGAUGACGACCGACCGAGUCUUGCUCCCAAACUCCGACGUGACAUUCCUGAUGAAGUGUUGCAGCGUCGUAGAUCGGCUUCACAGUCUGGUUGCUGGAAAAUUCCCGAGGGGACGAUAGGAUACACUCAUGCACGGGAGCUACUGGAUUUAGCUGAUGCAGCCGUUGAAGAGUACUCACCGACCAGGAUAGCUGCCAGGAAUAUUCGUGACAAGCAUGUUCGUGGAAAACCAUCUACUUCAAAUUGAAUUAGCUUUUAUAGUUUUAUUGUAUCCCAUUAAAUAAUUAUUUUAGACUCAUUUUUUAUGUUAUUUUUUCCUGUAAAAUAACAUUAAAUUUUAUAUAUGCAUGAUAUUUAAUGUUUCUUUUCA